AUGUUUCUGCUUUUUCGACAGUUGAGUGGCACUCGUUUCUUGCUGUACUGCCUCGUUCAAACUGCCGGAGCAUUCUUCGGCGCUGCUUUAGCAUCUUUUCUUUACAUAGAUGCGCUCAACGAAUUUGAUGGUGGAAUUCGGCAAGUAUAUGGGCCGAAAGCUACCGCUGCAAUAUUUGCUUCCUACCCGUCGACUCAUCUCAGCGCAUUUGGAGGACUUGUUGAUCAGGUUUGUGAUGCGCUCAACGAAUUUGAUGGUGGAAUUCGGCAGGUGUAUGGGCCGAAAGCCACCGCUGCAAUAUUUGCUUCCUACCCGUCAACUCAUCUUAGCUCAUUUGGAGGACUCGUUGAUCAGGUUUAUACUCACGUCACUGAUGACCGCAAUUCGUAUCCCAAAUUUUUACAACCACUGCUAAUCGGAGCUUCCUUCAUCAUGAUUGGUACGGCAUUUGGCUUGAACUGUGGAUAUCCACUCAAUCCGGCUCGAGAUUUUGCUCACGUCACUGAUGACCGCAAUUCGUAUCCCAAAUUUUUACAACCACUGCUAAUCGGAGUUUCCUUCAUCAUGAUUGGUACUGCAUUUGGCUUGAACUGUGGAUAUCCACUCAAUCCGGCUCGAGAUUUUGGUCCACGACUUUUUACACUUAUGGCUGGCUAUGGUGGCGAAGUUUUCAGGUUGGUUUUUUUGAGCAGUCAGUGGAGUGGUUGA